AUGUUCCUUUUAGUAUUUAAACCAAACAAAUGUUUCUUUAUCAUCAUACAUUUUAUAUAAAGAAACGAAUAUAUGAAAUAAUUCAGUAAGAUAAAAAAGAAGUAAUAACGGUAACUUAACAAAUUAAUCAGUAUAUAAGUUUUUUUAUUUUCUUAAAAUUGUAGAGUAUUUUUUACAUAAUUGUAGAAUUUAAAUGGUUGUUACUACAUAUUGUAUAUGUUCUUCAUUUAUCUUCAUUUUUUUAUAUUCUUCUUAAAAACGCUUUAUUAUCAUUUCACAUGCUUAUAAUAUAUCACUUUUCAUAUCUUAUCCUAGCUCUUUUUACAAAUAAUUUCUUAUGUUUAUUUAGUUCUGGAUUAUUUCGUUGUGAAAUUUAAUCGAUGUUACAUGCUAAACUACGUACAUCGUCCAUUCUAAUUUUAAUUAUGCUAAUGA